UUUCCACCUUUUCUUCCUCUUUCCCUCCAAAAAAAAAAUUUCAGCAAAAAAUUCCCCACAACUUUUGAAGUGUUCAAAAUUGGUCCCCUUCAUCGACAACAAUGGCACUGGCAGCUCCGCAAUUUGGAUUCAGAUAUUGCUUUGCUUCCCAAAUUCCAUGCUUUAAGAACGGUGAACAAUGUAAGAUUACUGUGCCUAAAAGCUCAGAUGAAAGGAUGCCAUCCCUAAAUGUCAAAAAGUUGCUGAGGAGGUCAGUUCUGCAGUUUGUUGGACUGAGUCCCAUCGUCAUAAGCAUUUCUCCUGUCUCAUCUGCACCAAUGCAGGAGAUGAGAGAACCUGAUAUUAUCCGGACCUUAAAGCUUGAUAGUGGAGUGAGGCUACAAGAUAUUGUUGAAGGGGAAGGACCAGAGGCUCAUGAAGGGGAUGUCGUUGAAAUUAAUUAUGUCUGCCGACGAUCAAAUGGAUAUUUUGUCCACAGUACGGUGGACCAAUUCAGCGGAGAGAGUGCUCCUGUCAUACUUCCUCUGGAUGAUAAACAGGUCAUGGUAUUUGCUAGCUUUGGGCUUAAAAUAGAAAUUCUAAAGAUAAUAGAGGGUCUGAAAGAAGUCCUUAUCGGAAUGAAGCCCGGAGGAAAAAGAAGAGCACUGAUACCGCCUUCCGUUGGAUACAUCAACGAGAAUCUACAGCCAGUACCUGAAGAGUUUGGACCAAGACGUAGCCUUAUGUCUCACAUGAAGGAGCCUCUAAUUUUUGAAGUGCAGCUGUUGAAAGUUUUAUCAUGAGUGAUUAACUAUAUCCCUAAGUUGCUCGGACUCUUCAAAAAUGUCUGCCGGUGCAUGUCGGAUAUUCCAAAAAUAGUGUAUUUUUGAAGGAUCCGACACGGGUGCGGCAACAUUUCUGAAGAGUCCAAGCAACUUAGCUAUAUCCUAUGUAAUUAAGUAAUUUAACCAAUUAACUUUCAUUACUAUGAUCUCUUGACAAAUGUAAUAAGUUCCCCCCAAACCAAAACAAUCCUUUUUUGGUGAAAAUGUUUUCCAUCCGAA